AUGACGAUGUCGGCCAAGUCUCACCUGAUGAAGGAGCAAGAAUUAGCUUUGAAACGUCGUGGCAACAGAAAAAGAAUCAUCAUCAUCAUCACCACCAUCAUCAUCACCAUCAUCCUCUACUAUACAAACCACCACAUCAUCAUCCCCGCCGUCGUCACCAUCAUCCUCUACUAUACAAACCCUUCUCGAAUCAACAUGAUGCUGGACUUCGACGACUGCGAGAUGGAAGCAGCCGACAUCUUCCUCAACAGCCCCGGUUCGGUGACGUCUGGCUACAUCAGCAUUGACGAUGACACCAGUCACAGUCUCGGCGAAUUCAGCAAGUCCGAGGAUAUGGACUUCGGCAUGUUCCCCCUGGAGUCUCUGACCAACCAGUCCCUCACACAGAACGGCAAAGACUUCUCCAUCAGAACCCCACUACGACGAUGCAACUCCCUGGACAUGAGAAAGAAGUUGUUCCAGAGCCAAAACACCUCCCCCUACGAUGGUGAAUGUCGUCCCACCCGUAGACCCACCAAGAUGAGGAGACUUAGACUGUCUGGAGAAGAGAACGUAAUUCCUCAGCAGCCGUCCUCCCCUGCUCCCCCAUCUCACGAGCAACUGAGAAUCCAGGCAGCAGUUGAACGCCUGGAAAGUGCUGAGCUCAUUGCUGACGGAAGCAAGACAUACGCCCUGCCCCUUCAGCAAGGUAAACACAAGGAUCUUAAGUCUGUGUCCCCCACCACAAUCGCCCACCUCCUCUGCGGCCACUACGCUGACACCGUCGACGAGUACGCCAUCAUCGACUGCAGAUACCCUUACGAAUAUGAAGGAGGUCACAUCUCUGGUGCUGUCAACAUGUACACGUAUGACCAGAUCAACGAACUCCUGGAAGAAACAACAAAGAUGGGCCCGACCAACAAGCGACGUGUUAUCGUCUUCCACUGCGAGUUCUCAUCCAAGAGAGGCCCUUCUCUGUUGCGUUUUCUUCGCUCUCAAGACCGUAAUAUGAACUCCGAACACUACCCCAAGCUGCAUUAUCCUGAAAUCUACAUCCUAGAGGGUGGUUACAAGGCUUUCUUCGAACAACACCAGAAUCUGUGCGAUCCUCAGACAUACACCCCAAUGUUGCACGAGGACUACUCCUCUGACCUACGUCACUUCCGCACCAAGGCCAAGUCGUGGACCGCUGGCGAGAAGAAACGAACACGCUGUCUCCGCUUCUAG